GGUAUUUACAACAGGAAAAGCUUCUGGCUACCUGCCGUGAAUUUAUUUUGGAAAGCGCAGAUUUGAAAGAGUAUGCGGAGCACUGCACGGAGGAUGGGUUUAUUCCAGCCUGCUUGCUGUCCCUGUGUGGAAAAAAUUUGACAACUAUUCUUAAUGAAUACGUAGCCAUGAAAACAAAAGAAACAACAAAUGAAGUUCCAGCAAUGAUGUCAUCUCUCUGGAAAAAAUUAGACUAUACACUUUCUCAGAUCAGGAGCAUGCAGAAUUCUACAGGAUUUUCUGCUAAUCAAAGGACACGUACAAGAAGUGGAAUUGUAGAAAUGAAAAGGCAGAGAAUGCUUCAGCAAUCAGCUCCUGCAAACUCAGGACUGUUGUCAGUAGCCCAUCACUCAGGGCUACAGAAUUCCGCUGCUGUUGUAUCUCCCCAAGUUAUUCACAGGCCAGCAAUAAACCAAAGCAUGUCACAGGCGAGACUGAAUACGUUGUUUGUGCACCAGUCACAAGCCCAAGAAAACAAGCUCACAGGAGAUUUCAUACACAUCCAAGUUCCAGCAUCACAAGAACGAAAGCUUCAUUCAAAUUUGCUUUCUCCAGGAAGACGAAAAAGUGAAUCUCAGAAGAGGAAAAGCGUUGCAACAUCUGGGCCUCUGUCGGCAACUAGAAGCUCUCAAGACCCUGAUGAAGUAAUAAUAGAAAAACAACUAGUUAUUGAAAAUGCCAGAGAAAAAAUCUUGAGCAACAAAUCUCUUCAGGAGAAGCUUGCUGAGAACAUUAACAAAAUCCUGGGCAGUGACGGCAAUGUCGCUCAGGCCCCUAAACAGACAGAGAGUGGUCCCACGGAGCAGGAGACUUCCAUUGAUGAAAUCCUUGGACUUCAGGGUGAAAUUCAUAUGUCAGAAGAGGCUAUACAGGACAUUCUAGAACAGACGGAAUCAGAUCCAGCUUUCCAGGCACUCUUUGACUUGUUUGAUUAUGGAAAGAACAAAGUAAACAAGAACUUACCUGCUGGUAUUUCUGGUCAGAGUGGAGUAGAAAAUGCAAUCCUGGUGGAUGAGGGUAACCUGGAAACACUUGAAAGUUCGUUAGGAACAGAAGAAACUACUAGGUGUGAUGAUACUCGGGAAUCACUCUCCUGUAAAGGUUUUCAGUUAGAAGCAGCAUCGUGUGCCUUGAAGACCAGCGUUAACGAUGAUGAUGUGGCUAAGAAAAACACAACCGACGAACAGUUACAGGGAAGCUGUAGGCCACGGAAGCAGACUGAAGUACUUAAAACCCUUACCCCUGAACACGUGGGAGAGCUCGAAAUCGCGUUUGACUCUGUGCCUGGCUUGACUGAACCUAACAAGAGCCAGAGUUCUGAUAGCAAGUGUAAUGAGCACUGCGGAGAUCCUUACGAUAAAAAAGAGUCGUCUGCAUUGGUAUCUGCAAGUGAAAGAACUAGGGAAAUGGAAAAAGACCCACUAAGUUGUAGUGCACAAAGCAGUCCUAGUUUACAAUAUGUUCAUUCUGGCAGUCCACAGGUUUCUUUGAUUUCCUUGGCGGAAGGCACUACAGCCAGUGAAAACAAAACGCUUUCUGGAAGUAAAUGUCACUUAUCACCAGAUACAUCGCUGCCUGAAAACACACUUACUCAAAGCCCUUCUGACAGGAGCUCCGGGCACAGUGUGCUGCUGAGAAAAACCAGUUCCUCAAUUUCCAGCCCAUCAGGAGAUGCAGGGAAAGAUCAGGCUGUAACAAACGACCCUGCUGCCUCACCUGGUAUUUUACAGGAGAGCUCCGGACAGCACUCCAACCCUCAGGAGCAGAGUCUGCAGUCGGACUGUGCUGCAGGAUCUGCGGUGAGGGUGUCACAUCUUGACAAAACAGAGCUGCAGCUUGAAGUUGUUGAUACUUCCAACGAAGCAUAUGCAAACGAUCAGCGUGCGCUUGCUAAGCCUGGUGCGAAAGAUUUCAACCUUCCUCCAGGACUGUCAGACUCGGAGGGAGCACAGGGAGAAAUGCAAGAACCUUCCUCUUCUACAAGACUAGAUGCUGAUAAUAUGUAUUUCUCUUCCAGUGAUGAUGCAUGUACAGAAAUCUCUGUAGUAUCCACUGAAAAUAAUCUUACUACCUCUGAAAUAUGCCACUCUCCUCUCCCAGAAACUGCAUCCUCAACAGAUGAGUCGGGCACUGAGGCCAAAAGUAUAACUGGUGUAUCUUCUAGUAGUCAGCCAAUGGAUGUUGAUCCUUCUAACAUAAUGUCCCUCAAGAUCAUCAUCAGCGACGAUCCAUUUAUGUCAUCAGACACGGAGUUAAAUAAUGCUGUUUCCAGCAUCACAGGAGAAAAUUUGCCAACUAUAAUAUUGUCAUCUCCAGCCAAAUCCCCAACCAAAACUGCAGGCCUGUCCAAAUGUCUUUCUUCAGAAGACACAGAAAAAAAUGUGGAUUCAGCUUUGGCAGAGCAGAACCUCCUUGUGCUUAGACCUAAGGAUCCUGUGGUCACCUCAGUUAACACGCAGAGUGAAGACUGCGCUGUUGUGUCAGUUGGAGGUACAACUAAUCUUUCCAAGGAAGGGGGAUUCAUACAGUUGAUGCCAGCAACAAGCACAGCUUUUGGGAAUUCAAACAACCUUUAUAUAGCCACCUGUGUGACUGAUCCAGCUACCUUGGGUACAGCUGUAACACCAUCAAAUGUAGUUGUAUUGCCUGGCAAUUCAAUGCCACUUGCUGCCCAAGCUCCAGCUGUACAACCGUUACGGACUCCUCCUAGAUCCAACAAUGCGUUUGCAGCAAACCAGACUGUCUCCCCAAACUUCCCACAAG